UUUUUUUUUUUUUUUUUACCUCGCCUCGCAUCCUCUCACUUCUCUUUAUCCUUACAUUAAGGCCGUUUCGAUUCGCCGCAGCUUCGUGCGAGCUGUAGAAGCUCGUAUUCCAAUCUGGGGACGGAGAAUUUUGCGUCCCACCCCUCAAUCUUCCAAUCUUCACCUGUCGAUCCACCGCACAUGACUCCACCUUCCCCUUCACCUGUGCCUUCCGCAGUCUCUUCAGCCGCAGCUUCACAACACUCGUAUGAUCCCCCGGAUGGAGAUGCUUCGGUAACACGCGCCGUUGCGGGCAUGAAUCUGGCUGCCCACGCAAACGGGGACGCCCUCCCUGCUCAGGCAUUAUCUCCCGCCGGCAAACCGACUAGAGCUACCAUGGCCUCUCGCCUCACGCGCAUGUUCUCCAGCACGGGGAAACACACACCAAACAGAGAGAAUGCCGAAGUUCCUCGUGACCUAUCCGACAGCAGCUUGGAAAGUAUCCAGCCUACCAGCGGCAGGACCUCGAAGCCAUCAUCUCGACCCGCCUCCAGACCUCCUUCUCGACCUCCCUCAAGAGGAGAAAAUUCUCGAACACCGUCACGAAACCCGUCACUCAAGAACGAACCCGGGGAGAAAUCGGACAGGAAGAAGAUGGAUGAUAAAAAGACAAAAGAUGGAGCUUCAGUCCACAAGCGAUUUGAGGUUCUGCCGGAAGCUCUCGGCAAUCACUCACAUAACCUCAGAAGUGCUAGACGACAAGAGAAGCUCACCGAUCUACUGCGGGACAUGAUGGGUGGCCGGAAAAAGGACGACCAGGUGGAUGAGCAGCAGCUAUCGCUGAUGUCGACUUGGAUUGAUCAGUUCAAGACGGAGCGUGAUAAGCUGGCUGCUGAUAAGAAGGGUGGCCCGAAUGCCACUGCUUCUCUGGUUGACAAGUACGGAAAGUGCCAAGAGAUUGUGGGUCGCGGUGCUUUCGGUAUCGUGCGUAUCUCGCACAAGGUCGACCCUCAAGAUUCCAAAUGUGAACAGCUGUAUGCUGUCAAGGAGUUCCGCCGCCGGCCUCAAGAAACGACCAAGAAGUACCAGAAACGACUGACUUCUGAAUUUUGCAUCUCAUCGUCACUUCGUCACCCGAACGUCAUUCACACUUUGGACCUCUUGCAAGAUGCCAAGGGAGACUACUGUGAAGUUAUGGAAUACUGCGCUGGUGGCGAUCUGUACACCCUGGUCCUUGCUGCCGGCAAGUUAGAAGUUGCCGAAGCCGACUGCUUUUUCAAGCAGUUGAUGCGGGGCGUUGAGUAUAUGCACGAAAUGGGUGUCGCACACCGCGACCUUAAGCCCGAAAAUUUGCUCUUGACCACUCACGGUGCACUCAAGAUCACCGAUUUUGGUAACGGCGAAUGCUUCCGUAUGGCCUGGGAGAAGGAAGCCCAUAUGACCGCCGGACUCUGCGGUUCCGCUCCCUAUAUCGCCCCGGAGGAAUACGUCGAGAGGGAAUUUGAUCCCCGAGCGGUUGAUCUAUGGGCGACUGGAGUGAUCUACAUGGCUAUGCGCACCGGGCGGCAUCUUUGGCGCGUGGCGCGCAAGGAUGAAGACGAAUUUUACCAGCGGUACCUAGACGGUCGCAAGCAUGAGGAUGGAUACGCUCCCAUCGAGACGUUACAUCGGGCUCGUUGUCGCAACGUGAUCUACUCCAUCCUUGAUCCCAAUCCUUCUCGCCGCAUCAAUGCCUCACAGGUCCUCAAGUCCGAAUGGGUACGCCAGAUCAAGCUGUGCAAGGCCGGCGAGGAAGGGUUCUAAUCGUUUCAACCACGAAAAUUGUCAGGUGUCGAGGUCACAGGCCCGCUCCUCAAGGUUUGAUGUGACCGAAACUAUCCUUUUUCCAUUUGCAUCACAGGGUGGUUAUCUAUCAUAGACCCAUUCAAGGAGAGGGGCUUACUGGUUUUUAUCCUUUGAAUGCUCCUAAACUAGAAGGAGGCCCUUUACGAAGGUUUUUUUUUUCGCCUUUUAUUUUCGUUUUAUCCUGUUUGUUGGCUCCGGCGCAUUCACAGUGUAUCCCUGCCUCUUCAGCCUGUGCUCUAUUACAUCCAUCUUUUAGCUUGUCUUUUUGUUUGGAUUAUCAUGUCUUCAACGUCAAUGCAACGAAGAAUCAUGACCGUUUUCUUUUGAUCUGGUUUUCCUUUACAGUCUUUCGGAGUUUCACCUCGUCCGGUCUUUUUCGCGCGGGGUUUCGGCAGACACCUUGAAGUUUCUACGGCGUUGGCGGGAAAUUCCCCAUUUGAACUUUUCUUCCCUUGUACCACUAUGACAAGCCCGGCUUCGGGCGAAUGUGGGCAUAUUCUCACUUGGGUUGCGGGUCCUGGAUUCUGGGGUUUCUCAUCAAUAUGAUAGUAGGCAGAGGCUCUGCUGCCCGCAACAGCAACAGGAUCGGAACAGCCCUGGAGGAACAGGAAUCGGUGCCUAAGUGGGAUGUCCUACACUGGAGGUUGUCUGAAUCUUUUUUGCUUUGGCUUUCUCGUUUCGACGUCGAAUUCUAGUACAUAUUACCGAAGCGAUUUGUAUAUAUGGCUUAGGCAUUUUGAAUUUCUGUUACAUGUGAC